AUUGGGGUUUGGGGCAGAGGGACAGACAGAGAGACACAGCGCCACUGGAGAGAUGCUGUGCACACGCUGACAGAGCUGAAGAUCAGGCAGCAGGUCGAUGAAUAAAAUCAAGAUGGCACCAGUGAGAAUCGCGCUGUUCCUGUGGUGUCUCCUGUACACUUGUGUAUCAGUGCGGAGUGUGUCAGAGCUGUGUAAAGGUUCCCGCUGCUUAGAGUCAGCAGACACCAGACCAUGUUCAGGAUCACACUGUGACUCGAGUCGAUCAUCCAGACCUACACGUCAACACAACCCAAUAACACACAGCAGAUCGGCACCAACCCACCAACACGGAGUCUCGCACCUUUCUUCACCUGACGUGCUGGAGUCACACACGGCUUCUCAUUCUCACACUCACGCCAGGGAAAGGAUGCGGAUUGCAGAGGUUGCGGGUCACACGUGCACCGGAGCGGAUUGCAUUACCACCAAAAGACCGCCACAGGCAAUUAACGAUACACGAGAGUGCAGGGGGCUGGAGUGCAGACUGCCUUUAAGGAUCAGGACCAAGCCCAGAGCGAGGCCGUGCCCUCCAGACGGCUGCAGACCUGGCUCAGACGACGCUCCCGUGCACGUUCCGGACAGAGCUGCUCAGUUUCUGGGGGAAUUUCCGGAUAUCGGAUAUCCUUCAUCAGAACUUGGAGGCGCACCACUGGGAGUGCAGCUUACAUGUGACAUCAAACCAGGAGAAAAUGAAGUCCCGUCGGAGGAUGCCCUUGUCUUGCACCUGCAGCUUUCCAAAGGCCAGGAGAAGCUUGUGGAGGCUCUGCGGGCUCAGCAGUUAGUGAUCCGCGACCUACAGCAGCGUCUGGAGGAGCAGCAGGGAGCGCUUCUGACCCAGCAGCGCGAGAUUCUGGAGCAGCAGCGGCGCAUGUACGAGCAGAUGGAUGUGGUCAAGGCGCAGUACGGCAUGCUGUCCGAGACGGUUAAGCAGGUGUCCUUUCAGGGCCUGCAGGGGGAGCUGCAGAGUUUUUUGGAAAGCCAGCUGGCGGGAGUGCGGAGCCAAGCUCGCAGCCACCUGCAGAAAUCUUACGCCGUGCAUAAAACGGAUGCCAAGGUGAUGGACGUGACCGGGGACACGGAUCACGCUCUGCUCGGGUGUCAUACCGCAUGCGGUUCUGAAGAGUACUGCAAUUUUCAAAUGCAGCCACCGCAGUGCCAACAGUGCACCAUGUGUCCACCUGGGUUCUUCCUGGUGUCGCAGUGUUCACCCAAUGCUGACAGGAUCUGCCAGGACAGGGAUGAAUGUCUGGAAAUCCCAACGGUGUGUGGAGAGCGAGUGAAAUGCCUCAAUACACCAGGUGGCUUCCGGUGCUUGGGCGUAACUGAAAGAGACAUCUCUUCAGGCCUGUGUGGUCACGAAUACUUCUACAAUCAGGAGCUACAGGAGUGCCAGGCAUGUUCAGACUGCGACGGGGAGCCAUUAGCUGUGCCAUGCGGCGCCAUGAGCGACACUGUGUGUGGAGCAAUCUCUGCAAGCACAUUCUCUCAAUCCUGGUCUGCCUCGGUCUCGUUACCCCCGGCUCGAUCAAAAAGCAGUGCUGUAUUCCCAGGUCUGCAGUUGAGCAUAACAGGAAAGGAGGGGAGUGACCUUCUGGUCAGCCACGAUGGUUCCAUCAGCCUCCAUCAGCAUGGUCUACUCUGGCUGGAUCACAACUUUGCCUUGAAGCACAGUUGCCGCAAUUUCCUUCAGGUCGGUGUGAGGCUUAGCGGUGGCAGCGAGGAGGAAGGUCGCGACCUUAGUGGCGUACGUGUGGAGCAACCAGAAAGAAAGCACUUCCAGGGUGUGAGUGUGAGUGCAGUGGCUGAGGUGGAGCCCAACCAGACUCUGUGGCUUCUGCUCAAGAGUCCAAACCAGCACUGCAACCAGAGCAAAGAGCUCCAGCUUUACGAGCUCGGGACUUCUGCGUUCAGCCUGCUGUGGCUCUCGCAUGACACCGGAGCUGUCGCAAUGACUGCACAGACGUCCACGGCACCUCACUAUCAUGGGAAUUAUCGGCCAUCGUUUCGAGUUGCUACCGUCUCUGACCCUUAUGUAGUGGCACUGACUCAUGACAGUCGUGGAAUUCGCUUCACCGAGCGUGGCGUCGUCAAGUUCGUCCUGCAACAGGCACUUUACGCCAUGGGCCACACGUGUGUUCGUGAAGGCUUCUCACUAGUUGCAUACAUUAAUGCAAACGGGACCAACCAGGAAGUAAUGCGCUCAUUUAAAUCCGGUGUCAACUAUCGGGAUACCUCUAUCACCUUGUCCGCUACUACCAUCGUAGACUCGGGUGACUGGCUUAACUUUGAGAUCUUCACUCCGACACAGUGCAACGUCCGAUACUUCGGAGACAGCUCUGGAAUUAGCAUGCUAAGCCUGCUCUGGAUUCCAGCUGCCAUUUCCUCAUCCCUGAUGGCCACUGUGUCUAAGACAGGCCUUCCAUCUGGAGCAGUAAGAAACAAACCUUUGUUGUUUCAGCAGGUUGGUCCGGAUGCCGAACACAUCCGACUUGCUGGCGCAGGACACCAACAUCCACAGAGGAAUUUUCUUUUCCAAGCAGCUGGGACGGUUAAUGUGGCACUCACUGUGAAGCUCAUCCACUCAUGCAAUGUGGUGAAGCUGGUGGUAUAUCAGCAGGGCCAGGACAGGAUGAAUUCAGCUCCUCUGGCGCAGCAGGUCGGGGGUCAGAUGCCCGAGGGUAGCGAGUGGACCAGUGUUGGCGUCAGGGCUUCUUUUGAGGUACAGAACGGCACAUCCAUUUACAUUACAUUGGACUGUGUACGUGGACGCGUCAAUCAGAUCACACAAGAGGAAGGCGCCAACAUUUCCAUCCUCUGGGUGGCUGCGUGACACCAGGAUUGGCAGGAAAAAGUGCUUUCAGCAGAUCAGAUUCAGAAGGCCUUUGUUGUAGUUUGCAAAAACGAGGUACAUAAUUACAUAAUAUAUUUCCUUUUCUGUGGUCACAAUUUAGCACCAUUUAAAAAGAGAAGAAAAAUAAGCAUAUAAAAUGGUCAUUUAAGAAAUGUGGUCUGUCCGAAACUGAACAGAUGGUUGGCAGGG